AUGGUUUCAGUGAAGUCCCGCUGUCUCGUGCCGGUGUCCGGCGCGGAGGCUGCUGCCGGCCUGGCCGCGGCCCUGCUCGCCUUCCUGCUGCUCCGCCAGCUCGUCAAGCAGAGGAGGCCCCCCGGCUUCCCCCCGGGCCCCUCUCCCAUCCCCGUCAUAGGAAACAUUUCCUCUCUCGCCACCGAGCCGCACGUUUUCCUCAAGAGGCAAAGCGAAGUUCACGGACGGAUUUUCAGUCUUGACCUUGGAGGCAUCCUGACCGUGGUACUAAAUGGGUAUGACUGCGUCAAGGAAUGUCUUUAUCAUCAGAGCGAGAUGUUUGCUGAUCGACCAUCAUUGCCUUUAUUCAAAAAAAUGACCAAAAUGGGAGGUCUUCUCAAUUGUAAAUAUGGGAAAGGCUGGCAUGAACAUCGCAAGCUGGCUUGCAACUCUUUCCGUUACUACGGCAGCAGCCAGAGACUGUUUGAGAAAAGGAUCACAGAGGAGUGUAUGUUCUUUGUUGACGCCAUUGACAAACAUAAGGGCAAGCCGUUCAAUCCCAAACACCUUGUGACCAACGCGGUGUCUAAUAUCACCAAUCUGGUCAUAUUCGGGCAUCGUUUCACCUACGAUGACUCCAACUUUCAGCACAUGAUUGAGUUAUUCAGUGAGAACGUGGAGUUGGCAGUCAGUGGCUGGGCUCUCCUGUACAAUGCCUUCCCCUGGAUUGAAUAUUUGCCAUUUGGGAAACACCAGAAGCUGUUUCGCAAUGCUGCAGAGGUGUAUGACUUUCUAUGGAAGGUGAUAAACACAUAUUCCCAGGGCAGAGUGCAACAUGAACCACGCCACUAUGUUGAUGCUUAUUUGGACGAGUUGGAGCAAAACGCAGGAAAUCCCGAUUCCUCCUUUUCUUAUGAGAACCUCAUCUAUUCAGUGGGUGAGCUAAUUAUCGCUGGCACAGAAACCACGACCAACACCCUGCGCUGGGCUGUGCUGUACAUGGCCAUGUACCCCAACAUACAAGAGAGGGUUCACAAGGAGAUCGACAGUGUCCUGUCUGAUGGAAGACCACCCUCAUUGGAGGACAAGCACAGAAUGCCUUACGUGGAAGCGGUUCUACACGAGAUUCUUCGCUUCUGCAACAUUGUGCCUCUUGGUAUUUUCCGUGCCACCUCCCAGGAUGCAACAGUCGAUGGGUAUACGAUUCCCAAAGGCACCAUGGUGAUCACAAACCUCUACUCCGUGCACUUUGAUGAGAAGUACUGGAACGAUCCAGGCGUCUUCUUACCAGAGAGAUUUCUUGACAGCAGUGGCAACUUUGUGAGGCGUGAGGCCUUCCUUCCAUUUUCAUUAGGGAAGCGACACUGCGUAGGUGAGCAGCUGGCCCGAAUGGAGAUGUUCCUCUUUUUCACCACUUUGUUGCAGAGAUUUCAUCUUCAGUUCCCCGCAGGAACUGUGCCGACAGUCACUCCCAAACUAGGAAUGACUUUACAGCCCAAACCUUACUCCAUUUGUGCUGUCCGCAGGCAGUAG